AUGCUCUGCAAGCAGCCUGCGAACGAGGUGCAGGCCUUCGUUGCCUACAGCCUCGUCCUCGCACAACGCCUCGCGCUCUCCCCCCUUUUGGCUGUCCUCACCCACAUCCUCGCUGCGCACUGCCUCGCUAGCUUCCGCAUGUACGCCCUGCUCCACACGGUCAUUCUCCGCCUCGUCCGCCACCGCAAGCACCUCCGGCCCUACCAAGUGUCUAUCCUGCUCCGUGUUCUCACCGACGCUGAACCACACGAGGAGGUGCAGCGCGUGAUCGUGCCGCUCCUGCGCGUGGCCAUACGCGAGAAGAUGGUUCUUGGAGCGGGCAUCUACCGUGCGCUGCUCGAUAAUACUGCGGCGCCGCUCAUCGUCGCGCAGCUGGUGGAGACGCACAUGUCGCGUCUCGGCUACAACCCCAAUCUAGCGCAUUCGCGCGCGUUCGUGCGCAUAUACGGCGAGGGCGGGCAGACGCAGCGCGCCGCGAGGCAUUGGCGCCGCAUCCGCCACGGUGAGGUCUUCGGAAAGGUCCCGCAGUAUGCGAAGAGCGCAGACUAUCAGACUGCGCAGCACGCUCCUCCCGACGCCUUAGGCGACUUGGCCGCCAAGCCUGCGCUCCCGACGCCCGACGACAUUCCCCCGGACGUGUGGCUCCGCGUCCUGUCUGUUGCCGCGGCUGACCCUGAAGUGCCCGUACCGAACAUCCUAGCCCUCCUCGAACAAGGUCGCUCGAUCAUCCAGAACCCGGCCAAGUCCCUUGCCGCGACCACGACCGUCAUCAAGGGCCUCCUGCGCCGCCAGGCCCUCGAGGAAGCCGCGCCGCUCGUCGCCGCCGCGCUGCAGCACAAACGCUUCUUCGACCCCGCGCAGCUCACGAUCGCCGCCGAGGCGCUUACGCUGCUCGGCCGCCCCGCAGCGGCAUUCCGCCUCCUGCGCGAACAGCCGGCGAAGGUCGACACGCGCGCGGUGAACGCGUUCAUGAUCGCGCUCGUGCGCACCGGUCGUCCGGACGCGGUGUUCUACCUGUGGGAUACGCUUCCGCGGGUGUUCGCGGGCGUGCAGCCGAGCUCCGCGACGCUUGCGAUUCUGCUGAAGGCGGCGCGGGUGGCGCGAAAGUGCGAGGGCGCGCUGCAGGUCGCGUUGCAGGACUUUGGGCUGCGGAGGAUUUUGCCGGCGGGUAAGCCUGAGCGGCUGGAUGAGCGGCAGGCGGUGGAGGGGCUGGAGAGGCUGUUGGAGAGGAAGGAGGGGCGGGCGGUUACGGGGUUCUGGCGGGGCGAGCGGGCGGGCGCUGUUGCGCUGCGGGUGGCCUGGAAGAUCUUCACGUCCAACUGGCCAGCACUGGCGGACCUCACGGCCCAAACCGGGCCCCCCAGGCAGAGCGCCGAGGAGCACGCGCUCGCGCUAUCGCCCAUCGCGGACCUCUACCGCAGCCUGCACGACGACGCCGACACGGACGCGGACGGGGCCGACGACGGGCGGACGUACUACGGGAUCGUGCCGCACGACCCCGCGUUCCGCGCGCUGCUGGACCUGCUCGCGGAGGAGGGCCGCGCGCGGCAGGUCCCGCUCGUGCUCGCGUGGAUGCGGUACCUGGGCGUGCGCCCGAGCAAGGACACGCUCGCCGCGGCGCUGGUGUACUGGGGCGAGGUCGCGCUCGAGGGCCCGCUGAUCGAGCGGUGGCGCGGCGCGCGGGGGAGCGAGUAUGGGCGGCUGGUGGCGUGGGUGGAGGAGUGGGUCGGGAGGCGGGGGAUGCCGGGGCGGGAGGAGUCGCAGCGGGCGUUGAGGCGCGUAAGGUGGGGCAGGGAGAGCGGGGCGUAUGGGCUGGUUGAGAGGCAGGGUGAUGAGGAGUUUAGUGAGGAGUUUGGCGACGAGGAGGAUUAG